AUGGCCCGCAAGAUUACGUUCGAAGAACUAUGCCAGCACAACAAACCCGAGGACCUCUGGCUCCUGAUUGACGGCAAAGUUUACGAUGUGACGGCCUUUUUGAGCGAGCAUCCUGGCGGCGACGAAGUGAUGGUUGUCGAGGCCGCCAAGGAUGCGACGGAUCCGUUCGAAGACGUGGGUCACUCGGAGGAUGCGAGGGAGCAGCUCGUGCCCAUGUACCUGGGCGAUCUCGUCGACAUGGAAAACGUGCCCAAGUCUGGCCGCGCUGCGUACGAGUCGGAGGAGAAGUCUGGGGCCGCAAACGCCCCCUUCCUUGUUCUUGCCGGCGUUGUCGCCGCUGCAGGCUACUUUGCCUACCAAAAGUUCGUUCUGAACAAGUAG